AUGGACCCCAAGGAGCUUGUCCACUACCUGGCUGAUCAGCCCCCCACCGUGGUCAGGCUUGAGAUUGAGAAGCAUUUUGAGGCUCUCAACGACCAGCAGAAGCGAUAUGCCCACUUCAUUAGCAAAGCUUCUCUUGCAGGCACAAGAAUCGUUCUGCGACAGCUCUCCCCGGAGUCUGAGCCCAUCUAUGACCUGAUUAUAUCUCUACACAAGAGCUCCGGCGGCGACUGGGCUGCCCUCGGCGCCAAGGCCGGAGUCGAGGAGUCUGAGGUCACCCUCUUCCUUGAGUAUGCCGCCAUGUUCCUGGGCAAUAACGGCAACUACAAGAGCUUCGGCGACUCCAAGUUCAUCCCCCGCUGCAGCCCCAAGAGUGUCGAGGCUCUCGCCGCUACCUCUCCUGAGGCCACCAAGUUCUACGAAGCCACCAAGGGCGCCAUCUUCAGUGCUGACAAUGCUUCCAUCCUCCACCUUGGCUUCCCCGAUGCCGGCCACAUGACGACAUACUACCCUGACUCUGCCAACAUCACCCAGGCUGAGAUCGAGGGCGUCUCUGCGUGGAUGGAGAAGACUGGCCUCCUGCCUGAGAAUACCCGUCUGCGCAAGACCAAGGACGGAGACUUUGAGCUCCUCAUUGCGUCGGCAAUCACCCAGCCGCCUUCUGGUGGUGGUGAUAUCGGCGUGCAGACCGAGUUCACCCUUGAGGAUGGCUCCGUCAAGGGCAAGACGAUCAAGCUCGUGUACGGCGACUACGCUGCGGAGAUGAAGAGCAUCACUGAGUACAUCAAGCAGGCUUCUGCCAACGCAGAUAAUGACACUCAGAGGAAGAUGCACGACGCCUACGCCAAGUCCUUUGAGUCCGGUUCCUUGGAAGCCUUCAAGGACAGCCAACGCUACUGGAUCAAGGACAAGGGCCCGAUGGUUGAGAGCAACAUUGGUUUCAUUGAGACGUACCGUGACCCUGCUGGUGUGCGUGCCGAGUGGGAAGGAUUCGCUUCUAUGGAGCGGACCCGUGCCUUUGGCGCUCUCGUAGAUGCUGCGCCCUCGCUUAUCCCCUUGCUUCCUUGGGGCCAGGAGUUUGAGAAGGAUGUCUUCUUGUCUCCCGACUUCACCUCGCUCGAGGUUAUGACCUUUGCCGGUUCUGGUAUACCUGCCGGAAUCAACAUUCCCAACUACGAUGACAUCCGCCAGACCGAGGGCUUCAAGAACGUGUCCCUUGGCAACGUUAUGAGUGCCAAGGCCCCUAACGAGAAGAUUCCUUUCAUUCGUGACGAGGACCUAGACGUCUACCGCAAGUACCGCGAUGCUUCGUUUGAGGUCCAAGUUGGACUGCACGAGCUCACUGGACACGGUUGCGGAAAGCUUCUGCAGGAGACGUCCCCUGGAAAGUUCAACUUUGACAAGGCCAACCCUCCCGUCAGCCCUGUCACAGGCAAGCCCAUCACCACGUGGUACAAGCCUGGCCAGACUUGGGGCUCCGUCUUCGGCAGCAUCGCUGCCUCGUACGAAGAGUGCCGUGCUGAGCUCGUUGCCAUGCACUUGAGCUGCGAGUUUCCCGUUCUGAAGAUUUUCGGCUUCGGUGACGGCAGCCUGGACAUCGAUGGCGAGGCCGGCGAUGUUCUCUACGCCUCCUACCUCACCAUGGCCCGCGCCGGUCUUGGGUCCCUCGAGAUGUGGGAUCCCAAGAGCCAAAAGUGGGGCCAAGCGCACUCCCAGGCUCGCUUCUCUAUCCUCAAGUGCUUCCUUGAGGCCGAGGACAAUUUCUGCAAACUCGACUACACCAAGGACGAUCUUUCCGAUCUGACAAUCAAGCUUGACCGGUCAAAGAUUCUGACUGCCGGUCGCGACGCUGUUGGCAAGUACCUCCAGAAGCUGCACGUCUACAAGUCCACUGCCGACGUGGAGGCGGGCAACAAGUUCUACACCGACAUGACGACUGUCGGUCUCGACUUCUGGGGUACCAAGGUUCGUGAUGUUGUUCUCAAGAACAAGCAGCCUCGCAAGGUCUUUGUGCAGGCCAACACGACCCUGGACGAGGCCACGGGCAAGGUGUCGAUAAAGCACUACGAGCCUUCGCUCACUGGUAUUAUCCAGAGCUGGGUGGAUAGGGACCUGUAA